AUGUACGAGAAACACUCGUACUUCAGCCAGCAGCUGUUCGUAUCUCUGGAUGUUGGAAAUGUUUGUGACCUUGGCAACAUCUACACAAAAGCAGAUGAGUUUCGGUAUCGUCAGGAUGCUAAGAAAAGAUCGAAUUUGAUGUUGUUUUAUGGCUUCCUUUACCAGGAUAUCCGUAAAUUCUUUGGCGUUGUAACUCCAGGAAAGAAACCUGAAUGUGGCAUUGCGAGAAAGGAGAAACCCCAGAAUAAAGAGAGGAAUUCAGGGGGAACAUCAACGCUAAAAGAAAUCAAGGUGAAAAGUUUGCCUCGCGAAGAGGAUUUCAAGCAAAAAAAGGCGAAUAAGAAAAAGAGGAUCAUUUAUGAUUCAGAUUCUGAAGAGGAGGUACCAUCAAUCAAAAAAUCUAAGCCGCCAGAGAGAAAGCUUUCUCCGAAUCCUGCUAAACUGCUAAAGGCGGAUCCUGUGGUUUACGUUUCAGAAACAGAUGAAGAUGAGGACUUUGUUAGCAAGAAACCCCCUCCGAAAGUUCAACAGUUUGAGAAGCCGGUGAAGGCGACUCAAGGGACGACGGGAGCCUCCCAGCCGGAUUCCAAACCAAAAGUCAAAAACAAACCCUUAUCUCCUGUGAAACUGACACCAACGUCCGUCAUUGAUUACUUUGGGACUGUUAGCGUUCAACGGUCAGAGAAGAAGCUGGUUUCAAGCAAACGAAAAGAACCAAGCAAGGAUCCCACCAUCAAUGAUGAGGCCAUCGCUAAAGAACUGCAGCUGGAAGAGAAUUCAAAGCGGGAAAGACAAUUGCAUGAAGACGAAGAAUUUGCACAAACGUUGGCUAUGUUGGAUGAAACGCCCAGAAAGAAAAAGCAGGAAAAAACAUUUCGCCCAAAACCAAGACACCCACAAAGGUUUCUCCCGAACAAUCCAAGUCCAUCAGUCCCGAGGAUUCUGCUGAAAAGAAGCGGACCAAUUACACGGCCUACAGAAGCUUCCUCAAUCGAGAAGGUCCGAAGGCCCUCGGCUCAAAAGAAAUACCACAAGGUGGUGAAAAUUGCUUGGAAGGCAUGACGUUUGUGAUUACCGGAAUCUUUGAAUCGAUUGAACGGGACGAGGCCAAGUCCCUGAUUGAGCGCUACGGGGGUAAAGUCACCGGAAACAUCAGCAAGAAGACCAAUUACCUUGUGAAAGGGCGUGACUGUGGCCUGUCCAAGUGUGAAAAGGCAUCGGCUCUAGGGACGAAAGUUAUCGAUGAAGAUGGCUUGUUCGACCUGAUACGAAAUACACCCGGCAGGAAGUCCAAGUAUGAAAUAGCAGCUGAGACAGAGGCGAAGAGAACAAAGUCCAAGGUGGAAAAAACCUCCCCGGUAACGCAAACCCACAAAAGGAAACCGAGCCCCGCGAAGCUGAACUCCGAUUCCCGAAAGAAAACCUUCCUUGCGGAAAACACGGAGCCUUUUAAAUCCAUCAAACAGGAAGCCGGGGCGGUAAGGAGAGGGCUGGACUUCCUGGAGGACGAGGAGGAGGAGGAGAAGAAGAAGCAAGUUCCCAAAGAAAAACAGAGCUCAGCUCGCGAAACGAAUAAAAACGGAGGGGAAGUGUUGUUGUGGGUGGACAAAUACAAGCCCACCUCCCUCAAAAGCAUCAUCGGGCAGCAAGGCGAGCAGAGCUGCGCUAAUAAACUCCUGCGUUGGCUUAAAAACUGGCAGAAGAAUUCUUUGGAAGACAAACAGGUCAAAUCCAGUAAGUUUGGAAGCAAAGACGAUGGCGCUAAUUCCAAAGCAGCUUUGCUUUCCGGACCCCCGGGAAUAGGCAAAACCACAACGGCAUCUUUAGUUUGUCAGGAACUCGGUUUGAGUUACGUGGAGUUGAACGCGAGCGACACUCGCAGCAAGAACAGCCUGAAAGAGGUGGUGGCCGAAUCUCUGAAUAACACCAGCAUCAAAGGAUUCUGCUCAGGGGCGUCACGUUCCGUCAGCGCAAAACACGUCCUCCUCAUGGACGAGGUGGAUGGGAUGGCUGGCAAUGAAGACAGAGGCGGGAUACAGGAGCUAAUUGACCUUAUUAAGCACACAAAAAUUCCAAUCAUUUGCAUGUGUAACGAUCGGAACCAUCCCAAGAUCCGUUCUCUGGUCCACUAUUGUUUUGACCUCCGUGUCCCGAGGCCGAGGGUGGAACAGAUCAAGGGUGCCAUGAUGUCCAUCGCUUUCAAAGAAGGAUUGAAAGUUCCACCACCGGCAAUGAAUGAACUCAUUUUGGCAGCUAAUCAGGAUAUCAGACAGGUGUUGCAUAAUCUUAGCAUGUGGUGUGCCAGAGACAAAACCUUGACUUAUGACGGUGUCAAAGAAGACGCCAGUAAAGCCAAAAAGGAUAUUAAGCUGGGUCCUUUCGAUGUGGUGAGGAAGGUUUUCGCCAAAGGAGAGGAGACUUCUCACCUGUCUCUUAUAGACAAGGCAGAUCUGUUCUUCCACGAUUACUCUCUGGGCCCCCUCUUUGUCCAAGAAAACUACAUCCACGUCAAGCCCGCCGCUGCUGGGAACAACUUGAAGAAAGAACUCAUCCUGCUUAGCAAAACCGCGGACAGCAUCUGCGAUGGCGAUUUAGUUGACCGCCAGAUUCGCACACGACAAAACUGGAGCCUUCUUCCCACUCAGGCAAUUUAUUCGAGCGUCCUGCCUGGGGAGCUGAUGAGAGGCUAUUUGCAAGAAUUUCCAAGUUUCCCAAGUUGGUUGGGGAAAUUUUCAUCCACAGGAAAGCACGACCGCAUCAUACAGGAGCUUUCCAUGCAUAUGAGUCUCAG